CCUGGGAUGAAGCUUGUCCUUCUGUCUGUCCUCCAGGUGGUCACACUACAGAGAUCCUGCGGCUGAUGGACAGCCUGUCCUCUGUCUACACGCCUCGGCAUUACGUCAUCGCUGACACCGAUAGGAUGAGUGAGGACAAAAUAGUGUCCUUUGAGAGCUCCAGAGGACGUGCCCCGUCUGACCUCCAGUUCUCCAUUCAUCGGGUCCCGAGGAGCCGCGAGGUCCACCAGUCCUGGAGCUCCUCUGCUGUCAGCACCCUGAACGCUCUGAGGUUCUGCCUCCCUUUGGUGUUUCGACUCAGACCCGAUAUGGUCCUGUGUAACGGCCCAGGAACCUGCGUUCCUCUGUGUGGAGCGGCUCUGCUGCUGGGAAUCCUGGGAGUGAAAAAAGUCCACAUCGUCUACGUGGAGAGCAUCUGUCGAGUGCAGACGCUGUCCCUGACUGGAAGGAUCCUCUACCGCCUGGCUGACUACUUCUUUGUGCAGUGGUCCUAUCUGAGGGACAAAUACCCCAAUGCCAUUUUCCUGGGAAGACUGGUCUGACCUGGACUUGGACUGGACUAGUUUAACAGAACCUGGACUCAUUUAAUCUAAUUUCCUAUUAAAACAUGAACUAUGAUCUUCUGUGUCUGAGUUCUGGUCAAGUUGUCCUGGUACCCUGGUUCCUACAGACCGCCUGGUUGUGCCUGUCUUCACUGUCCUCUGCCAAGGGGGCGGUGAGACGGCGCUGUCUUCACUGUCCUCUGCCAAGGGGGCGGUGAGACAGCGCUGCCUUCACUGUCCUCUGCCAAGGAGGCGGUGAGACAGCGCUGCCUUCACUGUCCUCUGCCAACGAGGCGGUGAGACAGCGCUGCCUUCACUGUCCUCUGCCAAGGGGGCGGUGAGACAGCGCUGCCUUCACUGUCCUCUGCCAACGAGGCGGUGAGACAGCGCUGCCUUCACUGUCCUCUGCCAAGGGGGCGGUGA